AUCUAUCAAGGCAGGGGUUCUUCCAAACCCUCGACAGAUAACGCUCGAGAUCGGCCCCCGCGUGCUCCCUCUCUCUCUCUCGCUCUCGCUCCCCGCGAUGGCAUCGUCUCUGUUGAGUAGAACACUCGCCGUGCUUCGACCGAUCCGUUCUUCGGCUUGCGCUGCCCACGAUUCGAGAAAGAUUUUCAACCCUUUCUCCAAGAGAAUAGUGAGUAGUGGCCGCUCCGGCUUGUCAUCUCUGGUUAGUCCAUCUACUUGGUCCGUCCGGCGCUUUGAAUUUGCUUCCACGAGCCUGAGGGCGACUACGUCUGCGAUUCAUACAGUAGCGCAUUGUGAGCCGGUUGUUUCUGCCGAUUGGCUUCUUGCUAAUCUUAGACAGCCUGAUGUUAAGAUACUAGAUGCCUCUUGGUACAUGCCUGAUGAGCAAAGGAAUCCUUUCCAAGAAUAUCAGAUGGCUCAUAUACCUGGUGCAUUGUUUUUCGAUGUUGAUGGAAUAUCAGACAGAACAUCUAAUUUGCCACAUAUGUUGCCAUCAGAAGAAGCUUUUGCUGCUGCAGUUUCUGCACUUGGGAUUUAUAAUACAGAUGGGGUGGUUGUUUAUGAUGGAAAGGGAAUAUUCAGUGCUGCUCGUGUGUGGUGGAUGUUCAGAGUUUUUGGACAUGAUAAGGUUUGGGUGCUGGAUGGAGGCUUGCCGCAGUGGCGUGCUUCCGGAUAUGAUGUCGAGUCCAGUGCCUCUGGAGAUGCAAUUUUAAAAGCUAGUGCAGCUAGUGAAGUAAUUGAAAAGGUUUAUCAUGGAAAGGUGGUUGGAUCUUCAACAUUUGAAGCAAAGUUUCAGCCUCAUCUUGUAUGGAAGCUUGAACAGGUUAAGCAAAACAUAGAAGGACAAGCAUAUCAGCAUAUAGAUGCACGUUCAAAGGCGAGGAUGUUUAUUCGCAAGCCAAGAACCAAUAUCAAAUCCAUGAACUACCAACGAAACCUACUCCUUAAACGUUUGUCAAAUCAUCGGAUGCAAGUGUUGGAAAUUGAAGAUGAUCAGCAGUCUUAUGGGUCAAUCAGAACAACCUGGAAGACAACAAAGAUGAGAGACUUUGUGACAUUUUUUGAGAAUUUGACGGUGCAGCUCCUGAGCCACGGAAGGGAAUCAGAGCUGGUCAUGUUCCUGGCAGCAAAUGCAUUCCUUUUGGCCAGAUGCUGGAUAGCUCACAAAUGCUCUUGCCUGCAAAUGAACUUACCAAAAGAUUCGAGGAAGCAGGAAUCACAAUGGACCGACCUGUGGUUGCCUCCUGCGGUACUGGUGUGACUGCUUGCAUACUUGCUUUAGGUUUGCAUCGGCUUGGGAAGACUGAUGUUGCAGUCUACGAUGGAUCCUGGACUGAGUGGGGAUCACAACCUGACACCCCUGUCACCACUGCUUGAAUUCUUAGAUGUUUCGAUGGAACCAUCUAUCAUUCUGAUAGCAGAUCAUGAGAGGGAGGACAUGCUUAUUUAUUUGUACAUGAGAUCAUUGCGAAAAUUUUGAACACACGUUAUUGGUAAUAAAGCAAUGUCCUAUAGUUAUUAAAUAGUACCUAUAAUCCUCAAAUGGAGGAUGAAUCGAUAAAUCAGCAUCACCUCUGGUAGGUAAGAACCCCAUGUUUCAUCUUAACAAAUGUCUGCUGUUGUUCAUCUUGACAACUCGGGAUGUAUGCAUUACUCCGUUACUGUUUCUUUUUAAGCUGUCAUUGAUGCACCUUCUCUGAA